GAGCUCCCUUCCGAAUAAAGGGAAGAAGGCGAAGAAGCCAUCUUCUUCCUCUCUUCCCUUCUUCUGCAACGCGAGGAAAAGCACAAAGAGAAAUUCCUUUUCCCAGAGAAAUCGGAGAAGGUGAGGAGACAAGGAGAAGAAAACCGUCUACAUCUCUUGGCAUUCUAUGCCCAUCGGGAAAAAUAAACUCCCGGGAGUGACUUGUUCCGAGGUUUGCGGGACAAAAGGUUGAGAGUUCAGGAAUCAGCGGAACACGGAGGAGAGGGGUUCCGCUUAGGAGCCUGAAGCGACUGAGUGAAGAAUGGAGAGUCUAGAGAGAGGAUUGAGCUCCGCCAGGAGGAGCCUGAGCAGGAACGUCAGCAGGAUGGGCCAGUGGACCGGGGAGGACGCCUUCUUGGGGUCAAGCCGGUCCCGGCGGAGCCGGAACGUCGAUGACGAUGAGGAGGCAUUGCGGUGGGCGGCGUUGGAGAAGCUGCCGACGUACGACCGGCUGAGGACAAGCAUCAUCAAGUCGUUCGUGGAAGAGCAGCAAGGGGAAGCGAAGAAGGUGGUGCACAAGGAGGUGGACGUGAGGAAGCUGGGCAUGGCAGAGAAGCAAGAGUUCAUCGAAAGGCUCUUCAGGGUGGCUGAGGAGGACAACGAAAGGUUCCUCAGGAAGUUCAGGCACAGGAUCGACAGAGUUGGAAUUGAACUUCCGACGGUGGAGGUUCGAUUCGAGAAUCUAACCAUUCAAGCACAGUGCCACCUGGGAAGCAGAGCUCUCCCCACUUUGUGGAAUACUACAAUAGACGUAGCAGAGUUUGCUCUGGGGAUGGUCGGAAUCAAAUUCUCAAAGGCGACCACUCUCACUAUCCUGAAAGAUGUCUCCGGCAUCAUCAGACCGUCAAGGAUGACGCUUCUGUUGGGGCCACCCUCGUCGGGGAAGACGACCCUUUUGAAGGCACUCGCAGGAAAGCUGGAUUCUAGCUUAAAGGUGAAGGGGGAGAUUUCAUACAACGGACAUAAGUUAAAGGAAUUUGUGCCCCAAAAGACCUCUGCUUACAUCAGCCAGCACGAUGUCCACAUCGGCGAGAUGACCGUCAAAGAGACCCUCGACUUCUCGGCGAGCUGCCAAGGCGUCGGCGCCCGAUAUGAUCUACUAUCCGAAUUGGCAAGAAGGGAGAAGGAACAGGGCAUUCAUCCAGAACCAGAGGUGGACCUCUUCAUGAAGGCCACGGCUAUGAAGGGAGUGGAAAGCUCUCUUCAAACAGAUUACACUAUAAAAAUUCUUGGGUUGGACAUUUGCCGAGACACUUUGGUCGGAGAUGCCAUGCACAGAGGCAUUUCAGGUGGACAGAAGAAGAGAGUAACUACAGGUGAAAUGAUAGUUGGACCAACCAAAACUCUUUUCAUGGACGAGAUAUCGACAGGCUUGGACAGCUCUACCACGUACCAGAUUGUAAAAUGCUUGCAACAGAUUGUUCAUCUGACUGAAGGCACCAUAUUCAUGUCCCUCCUUCAGCCAGCGCCUGAAACUUUUGAUCUAUUCGACGAUAUAAUUUUGCUGUCUGAAGGGCAGAUUGUGUAUCAGGGUCCUCGAGAUCAUGUUUUGGAAUUCUUUGAGAGCUGUGGAUUUAGAUGCCCUGAGAGAAAAGGAACUGCAGACUUCCUGCAAGAGGUUACAUCGAAAAAAGAUCAAGAACAGUAUUGGGCGGACAACAGCAAACCAUACCGCUUCGUGCCUGUGUCUGAAUUCGUCCGACGGUUCAAAGCAUUCCACGUCGGCCAGACCAUUCGGAGCGACCUGUCAGUUCCGUAUGACCGGAGCAAGUGUCACAAAGCAGCUUUAGUCUUCACCAAGAACUCGGUGCCUAAGUGGGACUUACUUAAGACUUCGUUUGCCAAAGAAUGGCUCCUAAUCAAGCGCAACUCUUUCGUUUACAUCUUCAAAUCUGUGCAGAUCAUUAUCAUAGCAAUGAUUGGAGCAACUCUCUUUCUGAGGACCAAUAUGCCCAUUAAAACGGAGACGGAUGGCGCAGUAUUUAUUGGUGCCCUGCUCUUUUCUGUCAUCAUCAACAUGUUCAAUGGCAUCCCCGAGCUCUCUCUGACCAUCGUGCGACUUCCGGUCUACUUCAAGCAGAGGGACCUCCUCUUCUAUCCUGCGUGGGUCUUUACUGUUCCUAACAUGCUCCUCAAGAUCCCGAUCUCCAUGAUCGAGACAACAGUUUGGAUGGCAGUAACUUACUACACAAUUGGGUUUGCACCGGACGCUGAAAGGUUCUUCAAGCAGUUCCUUCUCACCUUCGUGCUGCAGCAGAUGGCCGCUGGUCUGUUCCGUCUCAUUGCAGGGGUCUGCCGAACUAUGAUUCUCGCUGAUACCGGAGGAGCGCUUGUUCUUCUUCUCAUCUUCUUGCUUGGAGGAUUCACUAUUCCUCGUGGAAGAAUUCCAGGAUGGUGGAUUUGGGGUUACUGGUCCUCUCCACUCACAUACGCAUUUAAUGCCAUUUCUGUGAAUGAAUUUCUUGCCCCCAGAUGGAUGAACCAAAAGGCUGCGGACAACAUUAGAAGCUUGGGAAUUGCAGUUCUAGACAAUGUUGAUGUUUUCGCAACAAAGAACUGGUACUGGAUUGGUGUAGCUGCGCUAGUGGGAUUCACAGUCCUCUUUAAUUUCCUCUUCACGAUAGCACUUCAGUAUCUAGAUCCACUUGGAAAGCCACAAGCUGUGAUUUCUAAAGAAGCGAUUGCAGAGAUGGAGGCCAACCAUGAAGAAUCCAACAAUGCAGGUGGGCCGAGGGUCUCGGCACCAAAAUCCUCCAAAGACGACACAUUCCGACGAUCUCUAUCGAAGUCUGAUGGAAACAAUACAAGAGAGAUGGCAAUGACACGGAUGAGCAGUGCAUCAAAUGGCUUGCAUCGAAAUACAGAUAUGGCGCUGGACUCAGCAACUGGCGUAGCUCCCAAGAGAGGGAUGGUUCUCCCAUUUAUGCCUCUAGCGAUGUCCUUCAAGGACGUCAACUACUUUGUUGACAUGCCACCGGAGAUGAAAGACCAGGGCGUAACGGAAAGCAGACUGCAGCUACUGAGAGAAGUAACUGGGUCAUUCAGGCCUGGAGUUCUCACUGCACUAAUGGGAGUGAGCGGUGCAGGGAAGACGACACUGAUGGAUGUUCUUGCUGGCAGAAAAACUGGGGGGUACAUUGAAGGAGACAUUAGGAUUUCAGGAUACCCAAAGAACCAAGAAACUUUUGCAAGAAUAUCUGGCUAUUGUGAGCAGACUGACAUCCAUUCACCACAGAUUACUGUAAAGGAAUCCUUGAUCUACUCUGCGUUUCUCCGUUUGCCUCCAGAAGUGAGCGAUAGUGAGAAAAUGACAUUUGUAGAUGAAGUAAUGGAACUAGUAGAGCUGGAUAACCUGAAGGAUGCCUUGGUAGGAGUCCCAGGAGUCACUGGGUUGUCAACUGAGCAGCGGAAACGUUUGACCAUAGCUGUCGAGCUAGUUGCUAAUCCUUCCAUCAUCUUCAUGGAUGAGCCAACUUCUGGUCUGGAUGCUAGAGCAGCUGCAAUUGUCAUGAGGACUGUCAGAAACACAGUUGACACAGGAAGAACAGUCGUCUGCACCAUCCACCAACCCAGCAUCGACAUCUUCGAAGCUUUUGAUGAGUUGCUUCUAAUGAAAAGAGGAGGCCAAGUGAUAUAUUCAGGACCACUAGGGACGAACUCUCAAAAAAUUAUUGAGUACUUCGAGGAGAUCCCUGGGGUCCCAAAAAUACAUGAUAAAUACAACCCGGCAACGUGGAUGCUGGAAGUGAGCUCAAUCUCUGCUGAAGUUCGUCUAAAAAUGGACUUUGCUGAGUAUUACAGAUCAUCCGCUUUGUGUCAGCGUAACAAAGCUCUGGUGGAACAAUUAAGUACUCCCCCAGCAGGAUCAAAAGAUUUGUACUUCACAACCCAAUACUCUCAGACAAGCAUUGGGCAAUUCAAAACAUGUUUGUGGAAGCAAUUUCUGACGUACUGGAGAAGCCCUGAGUACAACUUUGUUCGAUACGUUUAUACCCUUGUUGCUGCUCUGCUUCUUGGGACCAUCUUCUGGGGAGUUGGGAACGAGAGGAAGACAUCCACUGAUCUUUUCAUCAUCAUUGGAGCUAUGUCUGGGGCAGUGCUCUUCGUGGGUAUCAACAAUUGUUCCACUGUACAGCCCAUUGUCGACGUAGAGAGGACAGUCUUCUACAGAGAAAGAGCUGCGGGAAUGUACUCUGCUUUGCCAUAUGCUUUGGCCCAGGUGAUUGUGGAGAUUCCAUAUGCACUAUUCCAGGCAUUGUACUAUACAAUCAUAGUCUACGCUAUGAUGAGCUUUGAAUGGACAGCACCCAAAGUCCUCUGGUUCUUCUUCAUCACCCUCUUCACAUUCCUCUACUUCACCUACUACGGAAUGAUGACCGUUGCAAUGACACCCAACCAUGAAGUUGCGGCCAUCUUUGCUGCUGCAUUCUAUUCCGUCUUCAACUUGUUCUCAGGCUUCUUCAUUCCCAGACCAAGGAUUCCAAAGUGGUGGAUCUGGUAUUACUGGAUCUGUCCUGUAGCUUGGACAGUUUACGGGUUGAUCGCCUCACAGUAUGGAGACUUAAAUGAGAUGAUCGAUGUUGUUGGAGAAGGUCGCCAGACGAUCAAAUUCCACAUAAAAGAUCGGUAUGGAUACGAAUCCGACUUCAUGGGGCCGAUUGCCGCAGUUCUGGUCGGUUUCACGGUCUUCUUUGCGUUCGUGUAUGCCUACUGUAUCAAAAAAUUGAAUUUCCAAAUGAGAUGAGAAUGAAGAGAACAUUAGGUUCUCGCCAACCUGAAGGAAGUUUUGUACAUAGGCAUACAUCCAUGAGAAGGGAUGUUCAGGUCAACCCUUUUGGUAGCCAACCCAUCAAGAAAAGUCCUUUUUGUAGCUAGAUCCCAAAAGGACCAAGCAUUCCAUUGUAUUCUUCUUUCCAAGGUGUUCUUGGUAUGUGAGAAAUAGACUUAGAUUAAAUUCUCGGCUUGUUGAUCCUAACGUGGAGUAAAUGAGAGACCAUCAAUUGUAUAUCUCAUAAAAUAAUUGGAAAUCUUCAAUUUUUGCUUCUCCCUCUUUUA